UGCGACUGUUUGCGAACCCUAAGCCAUUUGCGGCUGUGUUUUUUUUGUUGCUCGAAAAAACUUUUCUCAGAUCCCAUUGACUAUUUUCUUGAAUAAUCUUGGGUAAACUCUCAAUCCCUCUCUAUAACUUCCCUAUGGGUACCCGGCCGUAGCCAGUUUCUAAGGUGACUGUUCACCGUGAAUGGGUGACUACCGUGACAUUGUAGCUGGCUUAUCCUCCGUUGGUGACAGAGUGAAAGUGCGUCGUAGGUCGAGUUCGAGUGUGGAUUCUAGCAUGUCUCUUAGAAAUGUGUCAUUAGAGGUGAAGCUAUUGCAGAACAACCCACCUUCAGUCUUCAAAGAGGAUGACGUUCUUAAGCUGAAGACGACUUACAACUUACCAUCGUCUGUGAACUUGAGGCUUCCUCUUCCCUCAGAACGAGCAGCGGAUGCAAAGCAUGGUGAGGUCGUUGUUUACGAGCUGUAUUUUGCGGCAGGCUUGCGGGAGGUGAUUCCAUCCCUUAUUGCAAAAGUGGCUAAGCGCUUUGCAAUUUCUCCUGGCCAGCUCUACCCAUCAGCCUGGAGAUUGCUGACCGCCAUUCAAACUUUUGGGGAGUUGGAGUCCAUUACCAUAGGAGUAGAAGAGGUCUUGUGCGCGUAUUUCCUUUUGAAAAUUGACACCGACCCUGGAAGAUACUCUCUACAUACGAGGAAUCAUCCACCUUUAGCUGUUGACUUUGAGGGACAUUCCAGGAGAACGCUUGAAGAAGGAUGGCGAGAAAGAUAUGUCUUUAUGAAAGUGGGUGAUAAUCCGGGUUUCCCUACUUCUUGGUUUGUUGCAGGUGUCAGUUCCAAAGCAAAUCUAGCAUUUAGGGAUGGAGCUCUUGAAGUGGUAAAACAUCCGUUGCUUUAUCGUUCUGUGGAGUUUCUUACCAGCAAGUUUGCUUUAGAGAACAGUUCUAUCUGGGGUUUCAACAUGUCCUAUGGUCAGCGGAGCUCCACAUCAAAUGCUUUUGCAAAGUUCAUGGCUGCUUCUGGGAAAUUAGCAGAGGCUAAUCCCUCCUCAUCCGGAGAUGAAGUGCAGUUUCUGGGUGAUCUUUCCACGCACAAGCGUAAGACUCAUGACGACACCGCAAAUUCGUCAGAGGCGAGGCGGCUUAGGACUGUUCAGACUGUUGCGGUCCUAUCUCCUUCCUCUGAGUUAGUCUCCAGCUCCACUACUUCUAUGGCUACCGAGGAAUUGAGAUGCAAGAUUCUCACUCAUAACUUUGAAUCUCUUGUCGACAUUGGGACCAACUCCACCAUUGAUAGCGUCUAUACUGAUCUCCUCAAGGCAAUGUCUUCUUUCCAUCUCGUCGAUAAGAAGUUAUCUUCUGAACACCAAAUCAAUGAGAAUCUGAGGCGUGAGCUGGACAAUGAGAAGUCAAGAACCGAUUUUGCUCACAAGACCAUUGCUGCGAAAAGCAAUGAAAUUUCUAGUCUUGAAGCGAAAGUGCAAGAACUUGAUCAGACCAUACUCGAUCUUCAGGCUUCAGGUUUGGAUUUACUGAAGGAAAAGGAACUGCUUCAGCAAGAGAUCACGGUCCUCAGGAAACGAGUUGACGUUUUGAAGAAUGAGCUUGAGUUUUUCUUGAAUGGAGCAGCUAUCAUAGCUGGAUGGGAAGCCUUGCGGGAAUGCUUGUUGGGAGAGCAAACCUGAAGAUGUUUUCUACGUUGUGAAGAUGUUUUCUACAACGUGAAGGUGUUUUCUACGUUGUGAAGAUGUAUUCUACAACGUGAAGAUGUUUUCUACGUUGUGAAGAUGUUUUUUACAACGUGAACGUGUUUUCUACAAUGUGAAGGUGUUUUCUACGUUGUGAAGAUGCAUUCUACAACGUGAAGAUGUUUUCUACGUUGUGAAGAUGUUUUCUACAACGUGAAGGUGUUUUCUACGUUGUGAAGAUGUAUUCUACAACAUGAAGAUGUUUUCUACGUUGUGAAGAUGUUUUUUACAACGUGAACGUGUUUUCUACAAUGUGAAGGUGUUUUCUACGUUGUGAAGAUGCAUUCUACAACGUGAAGAUGUUUUCUACGUUGUGAAGAUGUUUUCUACAACGUGAAGGUGUUUUCUACGUUGUGAAGAUGUAUUCUACAACAUGAAGAUGUUUUCUACGUUGUGAAAAUGUUUUCAACAACGUGAAGGUGUUUUCUACAACGUGAAGGUGUUUUCUACGUUGUGAAGGUGUUUUCUACGUUGUGAAGAUUUUGAGUGCGACAACGUUGUGCAUGUUUUACAUUGUAAAAAUGCUUCGCAUCGUGAUGGUAUUCCCUAAUGUAGUAUCAAGUUAUUUCUCCUUGUAAGCAAGUAUUUUGCUGUCAAGUAUAUCACCUCGUACCCAACCAUUAGGUGGACGCUGAAUUUGUUAAAUUCCUACAACGAUGUCUCGUUAAUAUGUAAUUGCAGCGAGUGUUUCGCGUUUA